AACCACCUCAGUAAUAACAGCGUUUACUUGCUCUGAAAAUUAUCAUCAUUUUAUUUAUAAUAAUUCCUAUUUUUAUUUUGGUGCCUUCUCUUUCUGAUCGGCGAUUGUCGGAAGCUCCUAUUCAUCGCCGCCACCUUGCUCCGAAUCGGACCCACUUCGGAUCCGAGAGCCACCCGAAUCCUUUGUUCCCAGCUUUUGUUUUUCUAUAACAAAGCCUUCACCUUUACCAUUUACCACACACACACCACUCUGUCCAUACAAAUCGGGUUCUGUGUUUUCCUGUUUUUAGCGAAGCGAGAUUCACACCUAAUUUUGCUUCAUCUCGUAACUACACGUGGCGAUCUGGCUCUUCUUCAACACCCCAUUAUCGUCUCCAAUCUCACAGACAUGUAAACGAGGUUAUAUAUGAUAUUGGAAAAGAUGUUGGGCUGGGCGUAGUUUCUGUUUCAAGAGUUCAGUUGUGAAGUGAUUUUUUGUUCCUACAUGGAAGCAAACAAGGAGGAAGCACUUAAAGCGAUAGAGAUUGCUGAAAAGCGAUUUGCUCUGAGAGACUUUGCCGGUGCAAAAAACUAUGCUGUAAAGGCUAAAACACUCUGUCCAGGAUUGGAGGGUAUAUCUCAAAUGGUGGCCACAUUUGAAGUUUACGUUGCUUCUGAGGUCAAACAUAAUGGUGAUCUAGAUUACUAUUCGAUUCUUGGAUUAAAACCUUUUGCAGAUAAGGAGGCUGUGAAGAAACAGUACAAGAAGUUGGCAGUGUUGCUUCACCCAGAUAAGAACAAAUGUGUGGGAGCUGAUGAGGCAUUUAAGCUUGUUUCUGAGGCUUGGACUUGGCUAUCAGAUAGUGCUAUGCGCAGUUCUUAUGAUCUCAAGAGAAAUGUGCAGCUGGGUGGGGCUAACCAGACAAAUUUGUCUCCUGCCCAUGCUACAGGGACUGCAGGUUAUACCAAAUGUUCCAAUUUGCCAACCCCUUGUGGUAGGCUUGACACCUUUUGGACAAUCUGCACCUCUUGUAAGGUUCAGUAUGAGUAUCUGCGCAAGUAUGUGAAUAAAAGACUCUCUUGUAAGAACUGUCGUGGCACUUUUGUUGCUGUUGAAACUGGGGCGGCCCCAGCAAAUGGUUCGUUUCCAUAUUGUCCUUGGUCAUAUGUGGCAGGAAAUGGGUAUGGAAGUCAUUCAUUUGAUGGAGUUACAUAUGUUCCAACUAGUGCCCCCUAUUUCAAUGGGAAUGGGGUCACAGGGUACCAUUCUGGACAUGGUUAUGAGUACGUUCCAAAUGUUUCAUUUCAGUGGGGCUCUGCUGGAGUUGUCAACCAAAAUGGAUCAACUACCUUACCUGCUGAUUCUGUUCAUCGGGCCAAUGGAAAUGUGAAGAGGGGAAGGCCAAAAGUCAAGUUGGGAGCUGAUAAGAGGCAUCACGUGAUAGAGACUAUGGUCAAUACAAAUUCAGAUGUACCAUUCUCCUGUAGUGAACCACAGGAAGAUAAACUAAGUAGACCUGACAAGAAACAGAAAGUUGUUGUGGGAGCCAGUUUCAGAAAUGGCUAUGAAGAAAAGGGUUCAAAAUGUGCUUCAGAGUUGAUAGUGGCUAACGGAAAUGAUAGCAUGGGACAUGGCCAAAAGCCUUCCUGCACAGUCGAAGUUCAAACCAAACAGUGUUCCAUGGCACCAGCAUUUGACGCAAGAAAAUUAUUGAUUGAGAAAGCCAGGAAAGAAAUCAGGAAGAAACUGGAGGAGAUGAAGUUGUCGUCUGCAGCAGCAGCUGCUGCAGCUCUGAAUGAGAAAGAAAAAUCACAAGCUGAAGUUGGUAAAGUAAAAAGAGAGACAUGUAGAAAAGCAGCUCCGAAUGUUUCUGGUCUACAAUUAGAGAAUGGGAAAACUGGUCCAGUCUCAAUUACUGUCCCAGAUUCUGACUUUCAUGACUUUGACAAAGAUAGGUCAGAGGAAUGCUUCAGGCCAAAGCAAAUAUGGGCCUUGUAUGAUGAGGAAGAUGGAAUGCCACGGUUGUAUUGUAUGAUCCGUGAGGUUGUGUCUGUCAAUCCAUUUAAGAUUCACAUCAGUUACUUGAGUUCCAAAACUGAUAGUGAGUUUGGCUCAGUAAACUGGCUUGAUUCAGGUUUUACCAAAUCUUGUGGAAAUUUCAGGGCUUUCAAUUCAGAUGCUGUUGAUCAAGUUAACAUAUUUUCUCAUGUUCUAAAUAAGGAGAAGGCUGGUCGAGGUGGUUGUGUCCGAAUAUAUCCUAGAAGUGGAGAUAUUUGGGCUGUGUAUCGAAAUUGGUCGCCAGAUUGGAGCAGAUCUACUCCAGAUGAAGUGAGGCAUCAGUAUGAAAUGGUUGAGGUGCUGGAUGAUUACUCUGAGGAACUUGGUGUUUGUGUUAGUCCUCUUAUUAAGUUGGCUGGAUUUAAAACGGUAUAUCAGAGUAAUACAGACAAGAGUACCAUAAAAUGGAUACCCAGAAGAGAGAUGUUGCGCUUUUCACAUCAAGUGCCUUCUUGGUUACUGAAGGGGGAAGCUAGCAAUUUGCCUGAAAGGUGUUGGGACCUUGAUCCGGCUGCAACUCCAGAUGAGCUUCUUCAUGCUGCUACAGAACCAAAUGCUUUGUAGGUUUAUGCAAUAGUGAAACAAUUAUUUGGGUUAUGCUUUAGCAUUCUUCCCAGAGUAUUUUAGAUUUAACUGUACACUAUGUCUCACUUGGUUAGAGACCAAUGAGAUAUUAACAACGGAUGUUUUAGAAGGUGAAAUUUUAUUUUGUAACAUUUGUCUAGUAGACUUUAAGAUCUAGUGAUUGCUUGUUCGGUAAAGUUUCUUCUCUGUAACUCGUGAUAGAGGUCAGGACAGAUUGUCUGCUUGUAACUCUAUUUCCGACCAGUUUUUACUGGUUGGUAAAGAAUUCAUUCAAUUAAAGGCUGAAAUCAAUUUUAAAUCCAA